AUCGAAUCCCCCCUCCUCGAAUUCCCCAAGCAGCUCCCCCCUCCGAAUUCCCAAAUCCGGAUCAGCCGCAACACGAAGCAAACGGCCCGCACCCAAACCCAACACCCACACCAGCGACGCCCAAAUCUCUCUCUCUCUAGCCGUGCACGGGCAGCGCAGCUCGGCGGCGCGGGGGCGAUGAUCGUGCGCACGUACGGGCGCAGAUCCCGCUCCUUCUCCGACGGCGGGGGCGGGGACCGCGGGGUAUCGUCCUCGAAGGACGCGUUCGACUUCGACGGCGACGACCUCGACGCGCUGGGGUCGUCGGCCUCGCAGCCGCUCCCGCUGCCGCCGUCCCAGGAGUCGUCCUCGAUGUGGGACUUCGACGAGGACCCACCGCCCAGGCCUGAGGGGAGGCGGCGGGGGAAGGAAGGGAGAGGGGGGAGGUGGGAGCUCGCGGAGCCCGCGGCGGCCCCGACGGCGACGCUGAUGGAGGCGGAGGAGUACGGGGAGAUGAUGGAGAGCGUGGACGAGGUGACGUUCGCGCUCGACGGGCUGCGCCCCGCCGCGCAGAGGCGGACGCGGCGGGCCAGCCUGCUUGCGCUGCUCGGGAUCUGCGCCUCCGCCGAGCGCCGCCGCGUGCUCCGGGCGCAGGGAUUGAUACAGCAAAUUAUCGAUGAUAUUUUGGUUCUGAACAUUGAUGAUCCUCCCUGCGCUAUUGCUGCAGGAGCUCUUUUAUUUGUUUUGGCAAGUGAUGUCCAAGACAAUCAUUUGCUGGAUUCAGAAACUUGUGUCCUUUUCCUUCUUAAAUUAUUAAACCCUCCAGUGAAUGCGGUUGAUGCCAAAGCGCCAUCUAUAGGUUCCAAACUUCUUGGAAUCAGUAAAUUUCAUAUGCUUAACAGCUCAAAUAAGGAUGCUGACUCUAGUUCAGAGGACAUACUUUCGAAAGUUGAAGAAAUCCUCAUAAGCUGCAAAGAGAUCAAGCCACUAGACAGAGAUGACAAGAGAACAACAAGACCAGAAUUGUGUUCAAAGUGGCUUGCUUUGUUGACAAUGGAAAAGGCAUGCUUGUCUGCUGUUGCGCUAGAGGAGACAUCUGAUACGGUGACCAAACUUGGAGGAAAUUUCAAAGAAACAUUAAGGGAGUUGGGCGGUCUUGAUAAUAUCUUUGAUGUUAUGGUGAAUUGUCAUUCACAAAUGGAGAGACUUGUAAAGGAUACCGCCACUGCGGCCAUGGACCUAAAGGAAGGAGCACCUUUGCAAAGUGCUGCACUCCUCUUGAAAUGUUUCAAAAUUUUGGAGAAUGCAACAUUUCUAAGUGAAUAUAACAAGGACCAUUUGCUCAGCAUGAGUAGAAAAGUGAGCCCUAAGUGCUCCUCACUUUCUUUUGUUGCUGUUGUUAUCAGUACUAUUGAAUUAUUAUCAGCUCUGUCCCUCCUUCAGAACUCUUCCACUGUUUCCAGCAAGACAGAUCCAAAAUCUUCUAAAGUUUUCAAUGGGGUCUGCUCUGCAGGCAACAAAGAUGCAACUUUAUUGAAUGAUCAUGGCAAGUGCAAGAAUUCAAAGAAAAAGAGCCUUUUGCUGAAUCAAAGACGCCAAAAUUGCUCAUCCUCGAAAUCAGAAGUUUCUCAUAUCACUAUCUCUUCCAGUAGUGAUGUUUGCCUGUCCCAAAAGGCAGUCAACUUUUCUCCAUCUAUUUCGAGCAACGGGGCAUCAGUUGGUUCAUUUGGUGGGGGACACAGCAAUGGUGUUAGUUUGAAGCUGAAUGUUAGAAAGGAUCGUUCUAAAUCUAAUCCAAUUAGAGGCUCAAGUGGAUGGAUUUCUAUUAAAGCACAUACUUCUGAUGGGAACUCCAGAGAAAUGGCAAAAAGGCGCUGCCUAUCUGAAAAUGCAAACGGUGAUUUGAUCAGUGGUGGUGAUGAUCCGUUUGCAUUUGAUGAUGUUGAUCAAGGACCUUCAAAUUGGGAACUAUUUGGCCCAAAAAAGAAAUCACCACAGAAGCGAGCAAAACGACGAAGCAGAAAAGUGCUCGACGAUUGUGGGACUGCAGCAACUGGAAGUCAUGAAUCAUGUCAACCUGAAGAUACUCACCAUUCAGGUGCAACAUCUCAUUCUAAUGUUGAAGAUGAGUCCGGUAUUUUGGAAGACUGCCUUUUGGCAUCAGUUAAGGUUCUUAUGAACUUGGCAAAUGACAAUCCAUCUGGUUGCGAACAGAUUGCUUCAUGUGGCGGACUUAACACCAUGGUUUCCUUGAUCAUUAAGCAUUUCCCCUCAUUUGAUUUUUCCAUGGACAAGCACCAUCAAAUGAAAGAUGUUUCAUCGGGUAGAGAUGUCAAUGUUAGUCAAGAUCUGUCAUGUUACCAGAACAGCAGAGCAUACCAAGUCAAAACUAAGCAAUUGCAAGAUCAUGAACUUGAUUUUCUGGUUGCCAUAUUGGGCUUGCUUGUCAACCUCGUGGAGAAAGAUAGCCUUAAUAGGGUACGGCUUGCGUCUGCCCGCAUUUCAGUCAAUCUAUCUCAAAAUUCAGAGAGUGAAGAGGCACAGAGGAAUGUCAUACCUCUCCUCUGUUCAGUAUUCUUAGCUAGUCAAGGUGCUGGUGCCGAGGAAGCUACUGGAGCUAUAUCACCGGAUGAUGAAGAGUCUUUGUUGCAAGGAGCACGCGAAGCUGAAAUGAUGAUUGUGGAGGCUUAUGCGGCGCUCCUUCUUGCCUUUCUUUCAACAGAAAGCAUGAAGGUUCGAGGAGCCAUUUCCAGUUGCCUACCAGACAACAGCUUAAAAAUUCUUGUACCCGUGCUUGAGAAAUUUGUGGCGUUUCAUUUGCAGCUCAACAUGAUGACGCGGGAAACACAUUCAGCUGUUACUGAAGUUAUCGAAAGAUGCAGACAAUCAUAGAAGUGUGAAGAGUUCCUGUACAGAUUAACUGACCUCUUAGCAGCUAAACGGUGUUGAUCAUUAUCACCAGGCCGGGCGCUGCAGAUGGAGGGCUGACCUGUAGUGGACUUGGGAGCUAACAGUGGUUUCAUUCUUUUUUGUUGUUGUUCCCCUGUUGUUUUGUACCUGUUUUGUGUAUCUCCUUAGUUUCUUCUUCUCCGCCUCCCUCCUCAAAUCAUGUUCUUUUGUUGUCCCAUGAAUAGCGCGUGUUAUGAAUGUAUAACGACAGAAUAGGGAAUGUAGUGUGUUGUUUCAGUUA